AGUCGCUCGAGAUCGAGUCAGCCAGCGGCCUGCAGCGAUUCCCCACGCCCCCUCCCCAUACCCUCCACCUUAUCUCUUGAUGCCGCCGGAGGGAGCUUCUCCCCGUGCCCUCCAUCUCAUCUCUUACCACCGGCCGGAGGGAGCUCCGUCGCUCUCCUUCAGUACGCCGCUCUUCUUUCCCCAAGACGACGAAAAACACAAAACGGGGACAUACCAUAUGGCAAGGGGCUCCUCCAUCGCUGCUUGGGUUAUCGGUGGUGGUGUUGGCAUUGAAGGAUGGGGCGGCAAUGCCAUUGGAGUCUUGGAAAAGCAGCUCGGGCAGAGGAAGAGGACGCGCCCGGCGUCGGAGGAGGCUGGGCGGGAGACGAUUGUUCUGCUGCAGGUACGUGAACAUGGUGUCUAGGUUGACACGCUAGCCUCCUCUAGCAGCCUCUCUGCCCCGCGCCAGCUCUAGCCCCUCGCUUGCUGCCUCCUGCGACGCUGGUGUUCAGCUCGCAUGCGAGGUGUUCUAGCAAUUGACCAAACCGAGCCAAGCGUGAGCAUGAACGAUGGUCACAUACUUUCCUUCGUCAAGUAGUCCAGUACUGCACCAGAAGCGACGUCGGCCGAAACAGGAGAGGAAGAGGCCACAGAAGGAUUCUUGCGUCCCAAAUGUGAGUUUCAGGUUCACGGUCUGGAUGGUGGAUUCGUUCUUCAGCUCCGGCGAGGUCAUCAUGUGCCGGUACAUCUCACCUUCAAGCACAUGUUGCAGACUCCGACUGUUCUUUCUUUGCUGGAUGUUCGGCCCGCUGAUGCUGCAUGGAAGCAUUCGAAGUGAAAAAUAUCUUCACAUACUUUCCUGUAAGUGCAUCUCCCCGUCUUAAUUUGGGUUGCUCUCACUGUCCCGCUUACCUGUUCUGCUUCGCCCAUCAUUCAGAGUUAGGUUGGUUCAUGAGAUCAGAUAAUGUACUGCCAUUUAUUUUACCCAACUGCUACAUUCAAGAUCGAGGAGUACAAGUGUCUAUUGAUCUGAACACAAAGUGUUACAAUAGAUUAUCUCUGCAAGUGGAUAAGGUGGUCAUAUGUUAGCCUACACUUUUGGACCAAAACAGUUUUACAUGGGCUUCUCCGGAGGAAAAGGAAACCCCACUUGAACUUUUAGCUUCCCGUAUAUGUGAGAUCACUUGCUGAGUUUUCCCACAUCAUAGCUUUUCUUGUGAAUUCAUGGGAUCUUAGAUUUUAAUCAAGUCAUGCAGUUCUGAGUUUUAAUUCAUGUGCAAUAGUCACAAACAGAUCUGUCUUGCAUUCAAAAUAUUGCAGGCUUGAACUUAUUUACAUUUCAGUUAAAUUUUGUUCACCAAUGUCAGCCAAUGUGAGAGCAAAGUUUUCCUCCGAUUAUUCUAAAUUAUCCUUGGACUAUUCUGAAUCUGUAAAUGGAUGUUGAAUUCUUAAUACAUCUAUGCCAUCUAUAGAAAACAAUGGCCUCGCGUGCCACUGUGCAGUGAACACUGAACAAGUCUCGAAUCAAUAUGCAUUUGCGAUUUGUGGUUCUGUCCUGUUUUAGUAGGGUUGUCUUCAAUAAUCUUUUGGUAAUUUUGUAGAUUAGGAAGUUUAAUUCUUUUCCGAUAAUAGUUUAAUAGUAGUCAAGAUAUGCUACUGCAUGUCCAUUUUACUGUAUAUAUCUGUUUUUACACUUCUAUUAUAGGUCUGGGAGUAUUAUGCCGAGCCUCCCCAGCAAGGUUUUCAAUAUUAAGGGGGAAAUCUGAAGGUGUAUAAGGGAAUAGAAAAACAGAAUUAUGAGCUCAGGGAGUGGUGCAAAUAAUGGCCAUGCGAAAGAAGCAGCAUUAUAUGAGCAGCAGCUGUCCAAGAUUGGUGAAGUUAGAGCUGCUCUAGGACAACUAUCUGGAAAAUCUGCACUGUAUUGCUCAGAUGGUUCAAUUGCAAGGUACCUGAUAGCAAGAAACUGGGACGUGAGGAAGGCUACCAAAAUGCUUACAAAAACCUUGAAAUGGCGUUCUGAGUAUAAGCCAGAUGAGAUCCGUUGGGACGAGAUAUCGAGUGAAGCCAUGACUGGAAAAAUUUACCGAAGUGAUUAUUUUGACAAGAGUGGACGGAGUAUUCUUGUCAUGAGACCUGGAUGCCAGAAUACCAAGAAGUCCAAAGGGCAGAUCCGGUAUUUGGUAUACUGUAUGGAGAAUGCAAUUCUAAAUCUUCCAGCUGGACAGGAUCAGAUGGUUUGGCUGAUUGAUUUUGCUGGCUUCAGCUUGCCUAAUGUGUCACUUCUAGUGACAAAGUUGACAGCAGAUGUCCUACAAGGUCAUUAUCCUGAAAGAUUGGGUGUGGCAAUUCUUUAUAAUGCUCCCAAGUUUUUUGAGUCUUUUUGGAAGAUGGCAAGUCCCCUUCUUGAGCCAAAAACGAAAAAUAAGGUCAAAUUUGUGUACUCGGAUAGACCUGAAACUGACAAGAUAAUGGAAGACCUUUUCAACCUGGACGAGUUAGAAUGCGCAUUUGGCGGUAGAAGCCCGGUCACUUUUAACAUAAAUGAUUAUGCUGCAAGGAUGAGAGGAGAUGAUAAAAAGAUGCCAUUAUUCUGGAGCCCCGAGAACUCUUCUCUUGCUGCAGAGCCAUAUCGCAUGAAGAACCACGGGUCUCAACAAUGUGACUCGGGUUUGAAGACUGAAGAGACUCCAUCUGACAUGAUUGGGGAAACAGAAGCUGCAUCUGAAAAGAGUGGAGAAACAGACACUGCAUCGGAGAAGGAAGAUACCGAGGCUGCAUCUGAGGAGAGGGAAGAGACCGAGACUUCAUCUGAGAAGAGGGGAGAAACUGCGACUGAAUCUGUAAAGGAGGAAGAAACUGCGACUGUUUCUGAAAAGAAGGGAGAAACAGAGACUGGGUCUGAAAAGAAAGAAGAAACAGAGACCGAAUCAAGCACUGUAAAAUCGACAAGCUCGCGAGGGGAAGGUAUUGCAUCAGCAGGCAAAAGCGGCAGUUCAUCUGAUCCGUGAAGCUAUCAGCACGAGAAGUACAUUCCAAUCUUGAUAUGAGCUCCCACCACAGUGAAUUCCCACCAACAUAUGAACAUUAAAAGUGAUAACAACCCUUUUAACACACAAGGGGGGAGUGUUGCCUGACUUAUUUUGUAGUCGCCCCCCUUGUGACCUUGUUCGAAGAACCUUUUGGCAACAAAUGAACCAAUCAAACGGUAACAAUGAUAAAAUACUUUGCUACCCUCA